AUGGCAGACGCACCCACAGCGUCCACCGACGCUGGUCUCCGGGAUGACGGCGGCCCUGGUGUACCCACUCCUGCAUCAAACAUCUCUCAUCCCUCGCCGUCAAGUCUCCCGUUACCCAGUUCGGAGCGAAGGAAACGCAGUCUGCCAGAAGGCUCGCCCGAUGACGGCCGGUCGUCUUCCGCAGCGGCCGUAGCGUCUGCCAACCGACGAAGGAGUCAUAAAGUCAGCCGCGCGUGCGAUUACUGCAAGGCCAAGAAGCUGAAAUGCUCCGGCACCAUUCCCUGCGAUGUGUGCACGAGGAAGCGGCUUUCAUGCAUAUAUGAUGCAAGCUACCGCCGGGGCAGGCCGCCGACCCCUCCCCCGGCAACCGGGACCCCUCGGCAUUCAAUAACCGGAGCGACACUGGCACCCUUGCUCUCUCCCAUCGAGGCCCAAAGGUUUGUCGUCGCAACAACACGGGAGGCACUGCAUGGGAUUAGUAGACUAACCAGUCACAGAAGACCACUCCCCACCAAGGCACCCCUCCAGCUUCUGCCUCCUGGAGCCGCCUUCCCCGGCCUGGCCAUGGGGACCGCUGCCCGUCCCUCACAUCCCGAGUCAGGGGUUGUCCACCCGGAUGCCGGGGGGAACGCCAGCUUUCCGCCGACAUCCAGGGCAUCGCCAGAAGUUGAGAUGGCCGAGAUCGAGGGCCAGUAUUUUGACAACACGUCCAGCCUGUCGUUCCUUCACCGGGCCUGGAAGCGGCUCUCAUCACAGAGAUCUCACGGCAGCGGCGUUCCGGGGCAUAUGCCCAGCGGCAUCGAGCAGCACCAGAAGCUCACGAGGGCAGGCGACAAGCCGUUUGAAUCGCAGACCCUCGACCCCACCACUCUGCCUGACCGGGCCACGGGCUUGGGAAUGAUGCGGUUCUACUUCGACGUCUGCGUGGUGACAUACCGUUGCUUGCACCAGGGGUACGUCUCUGAGUGGUUCGAAGCACUGCUUGCGAACGCGCAGAACAACCGUCCUCUGCAUCGCGACAUAGGGCACGCCAAGGCCGCCAUCGUCAUGGCGAUCCUCGCCAUCGUCACGCUGCGGCAAAGCAAGGUCCGGGGUGUUGGGUCGGAGCAGAGUUCCGAUCUGCGGCGCAGCGACGCCUACUUCUGCGAGGCCCUGAACCUGACAGAGAUGGAGGUCGGCCUGCCGAAGCUCGAGUCUGCACAGUCUCGCAUUCUGCAGGGCCUCUACCUCCUCCAGACGACGCGUAUGAACCAAGCUUGGUAUGUCUUCGGAAGCAUCCUCCCCAUCGUCUCGGCGCUGGGUCUGCAUCGGAAAUCCGGGCGCAACAGGGGCAGCGGCGACAGGGAUUACAUCGUCUCGCAGUGCAGAAAGAGAACCUUCUGGGUGGCCUACACCAUUGACAAAUACCUGUCCGUCGUGUUUGGCCGCCCCCGGAUGUACCACGACGACGACAUCGACCAGGACUUCCCCGACUGCGUCAACGACGAAGAGAUGACGACCCAGGGCAGGUCGAGGGACGAGCCCGAGAUGGACUGCCACGUCGAGAGUCUCAUCUUCCACGCCAAGCUCGCGCAGCUCAUCGACGGCAUCUCGCGCGAGGUGUACGCUAUCAAGCACAUACCUAAGCACGACCGCCUCAUGGCAGCCCAUGAAUACGGCCAGGCCCUCCACCGGUGGCGCAAGUCGCUGCCGCACCAUCUCGGCACAGUCCGGCCAAUGUCGCUGAUCCCAUCGUUUCGACGGCAGAACACCGCCCUCAAGCUGGCGUACUGCCACGCCAUCAUGCAUGCCAACCGCCCGUUCCUCCUGGGGAUGGGGGCCUCCCAGAGCAAGCAGGGGUCUGCCCUGGAGGACAGCGUCGACGAGUGCAUCAAUGCCGCCAAGGUCGCGCUCGAGACCGUCGACGGGAUGGCCAGCGACGGAACCCUGUUCCAUGCCUUCUGGUGGACACCGUACGUGACGUUUUGCGCGUUGGCGGUCGUGUACGUGUGGGAGAUCCAGCGGGGGCGGAAGGACGGCGAGAACGGGCUCUUUGAGCUCGCGGACCGGUGCCAGAACCACUUGACGGAAGCGACGGCGGCCGAGAGCCCCGGUCGCCGAUAUAGCGUCAUUCUCGAGGAGCUCCGGCAGGAAGCCAAGUACCAUUCCAACGUGCCCGUGGGACGCGACCAGCGGCACGCGACGGAGCAGACGGACCGCGGCGGGGGCGCCCAGUCGGUGCAGAUGGACGACGACAACAACAACGACAACAACAACAACAGCGCGAGACACCCGGCGCCGCCAGCCGACAUGGGCGAAGUCUUCCAACAGCAGGGGUUCGAGAGUAUGACGAACCUCUUGAGUGGCUGGGAGACGACGGACUGGCUCGACCUCGACUCUUCGGUACAUCAAUUUCUACAAAAGAUCUAA